GACCCGGUCGGGCUAGUGCCAUGACAAUAUGACAUCUAUGUGGACAGGGGAAACCGGACUCGUCACAAAAAUUCAUACUCGUCAGUCGUCACAGUCUUCAACCGUCCAGUCGUCCACCACCGUACACCGACAAUUGAUGGCCCCUUCUCCGUCCGCUUUCUGCUUUCAUUCUUCCUCCUCUACCGAUGGCCUUUCCGCUCCUCCGGUAACCGGGUACGUACUGGACUAGCUGCUAGAUGGCGGCAUCUGAUCUUGUAGCAUCAGCUAUUCAAUGGAUUGGCUCCUUGCUAGUCCAAGAAGCAACCAUUUUAUUCGAAGUGGCAGACCAAGUAAGAGGCCUCCAAGAAGACCUUGAACUUAUGCAACAGUAUCUCCAAGAUGCGGAUGCAAAGCAAGAUAUGAAGGAGAUUCGUACUUUGGUCAGGCAAAUAAGGAAACUUGCUUAUGAUGCUGAGGAUGUAAUUGAUACUUACAUCCUUGAAGUUGAAGGAAAGGCUGAUGUGCUAGGCAAAAAGGGCUGGUUCAUGAAAUUCGCUUGCUUCCUGCAUACUGCGCCUCAGACCUACAGUAUAGGGAAGCAGAUACAGUUGAUGCAGAGUAAUGUGAAGCGAAUUACUGACAGCUUAGUUGAUUCUGGGGUACGAAGAAUCACGAAGGUAGGAGAAGAUUUGAGAUCAUCAAGCAACCGUGAAAGAUGUUCAAAGCAAAAGUCACGAAGCUACCCCUAUGAUGAUGAUGGUGAAUUUAUUGUGGGUUUAGAGAAAGAUAUCAAUAUUUUGGUACAAGUAUUGAUGGGAGAGGGGGAGACUCAAGUAAAAUUUGUUUCCAUUGUGGGGAUGGGUGGCUCGGGGAAAACCACCCUUGCUAGGAAGCUCUACAAUCAUCCGUAUACUAAAGAAUGUUUUGAUUGUUGUGUGUGGGUUUGUAUCUCGCAAGAAUGGAGCACCAGGCAUGUUUUAUCUGAAAUCUUGAGGAAAGUUAGUAGCCCUAUGGAGAUAUCUAAGUUGAAUGCCACAUCAAGCAUGGACGAGCUAGUGGACAAGCUCAGGAGCAUCCUGGAAAAGAAAUCAUAUUUUGUGGUCUUGGAUGAUGUGUGGAGGAAAGAGGCUCUCGAGGAAAUACUCCCUGCCCUCCCACAUAUCAGCGAUAAUAAAGGAAGCAAGAUUAUAAUCAAUAUCACCACCCGAAACCAAGAAGUUGUUCAAUUCCAAAACCUCCAAAGACACCUAUAUGUCCAUGAGCCAAGACCUCUAAACAAGGAUGAAAGUUGGGAAUUGUUCUGCAAGAUCGCUUGUAAUUAUCAUACAAAUUGCAAUAAUGCGAGCUAUGAGAAUCUAGGCAAGGAAAUGCUAAAGAAAUGUGAUGGGCUUCCGUUAGCUAUAGUAGCAUUAGCUGGGAUCUUGAACACUAAAAGGAGCAUUGGGGAAUGGCAACAAGUGAGUGAAGUUGUACGGUCAAAGGUGAUGGAAGGUAAAUGUACACAUAUGUAUGGUAAAGUAGGGGAUAUGCUAGCUCUGAGCUAUGAUGAUUUACCUUGUGAUCUUAAGCCUUGCUUUCUUCAUCUGGGUGUUUUCCCGGAAGAUUGCCAAAUUCCAGCUGGAAUGCUAACCAGAAUGUGGAUAGCUGAGGGACUUGUUACUGCAAUUGAUGAGAUGACCCUAGAAGAUGUAGCAAUGCAACGCUUGGAAGAAUUGAGCCACCAGUUCAUGAUUCAAAUAGUGCGGACAAAUUUCAAGGGAGCCAUAAAAGCAAUUCACAUGCACGAUCUAUUGCGUGAACUUUGUGUCAGAAAAGCCAAAGAACAAAAUUUUCUUCAAGUGAAUGCCCAUAUCACCAAUUUUGCUUCUAACGGUGCAUCUGCAAUGGCAUUCCAGUCACGUAGGGCUGCUCUUCAUUCCAGCACCUGUUUCCCUACACAAGCUUCAAACUUAAGGUCACUUGUUCUACUGACAAGAUCUACUGUCAUGCACUCUGCUUAUGUUUCCAAAGAGACAUUAGACUUGGGGGUUCUCCAUCAAAAUUUUAAGUUGCUUAGAUUGUUAAAUCUCUGGGGUAUAAAGACUACCACUGGAGCUUUACCUACACAAAUCGGAAGCUUAGUUCACUUGAGGUACCUUGGCAUUCGUGCUUCAAAUAUUACUGAACUCCCCAUGUCAAUCGGUAAUUUAAGAAAUUUAUUGACUUUAGAUUACAGAAAUAUUGAUUCUGAUGAUGAUGUGAAAGUCCCCAAUGUCUUGUACAAGCUCACACAACUUAGGCAUCUGUUUUUGCCAAUGAAAUGCCCUUGGAUUCUUAAAGAAUUACAAUUGAGUGCAUUGAAAAACCUGCAAAUACUCUGGGGUGUAAAAUGUGUAGGGGGUGAUUGGUUCUCAAGAGAGAUGCCAAAACUGAGCAUGACUUUGAAGAAGCUGAAGGUGUUUGUGUCAACUGAAAAGGACUUGGAUGCUAUUUUCAGUUGCCCAAGCCUCAAGUUUGAUCGACUCCAUACAUUCCACUGUGAGUGGGAAUCUAGCAUAGCCUUAUGUGUAAAUCGUGUUUUCUCUCACAACCAACACCUGAAUAAGUUGGUAUUGGUCGGGAAAAUACGGUUGCAGAACCCGACUCUUAUGUUGCCAUCUAAUCUUUUGGUUUUAGAACUGAUAGAUAGUGUUUUAGAGAACGUAGAUCUUAUAUUAGUUGCUGGAGCAUUAGCCCACCUGAAGCUCCUAAGACUGUCAAAUUCUUACACGGGAACUGCUUUCACUUGCAACCCCGGUUCCUUUCCUCAGCUUGAGGAGCUCUACCUUGACAAUCUUCAGAACUUGAGCACGUGGAGAAUCGAGGAGGGAGCAAUGUCGAUUCUUAAGAAGCUUGAGAUUUUAAGCUGUAGAAAGUUGCAAUUUCCUCAAGGCUUGGCAUUUGUCACCACCCUCCAGCAACUUGAUUUUUUUGGAGUUCCUCCAGAAUUUAGCAAACAAGCUAAAGUAUAUGGGUGGUCGCAGGAAAGGAUUAGGUUGCCUCAUAACUUUGAAGCCAUUGUGGAGCAAUUCGACCCUCCCUUCGACAUCUCAUCCAUUCACAAGCUCUAUGAGCGUCUCACUACUGGGAUUUUUCUGGAUAACACAAAAAAGAAAUUCUGGAUCUUGAAGGAAGAAGACAACCAAUAUAAUUGCUUCAUGGUGUACGCGACAGACCUCUCCCUGGCAGCUGAACAUGAUAUUGAUGGUCUUCCAGUAUGGAAUACCGGACAUGAAAUUGAUGAAACGACAUCGUAUCUGUAUUCCAGCACCAGCAAGCUUCAGUGGAAAUGGACUGAAAUAGAAGAAAGCAGAGAUGGUCCACUGAUCAAAGUUGCGAAUCUAAAAGCUGAAGUGCUUGUGAUUGAUGUGCGUGGAAGAUUCGACACCAAUAAUCUCUCUCCACAUGUCACAUAUACAUUCUCUUUUGUGUUCAUGUUAGACGUCUCAGAAUGGGUAGGUAUGAUCCAUGUUAAAACUCAACUUCGCCUUGCUGAUGGCAGUUCACUGCAGCAAAGUCGCACAUUGAAUGGAAAACCAAGGAAUGAAUGGCUAAAAGUUUCUACAGUUGAAUUUGAACACCCUAAGAAUAUUGGAGAGGCAGAAUUUUCCUUGUGUUGUCAAUGGGGAGAUUAUACGUACGUUGCGUUUGUGGUCAAAGGGGUUGUUAUUGAACCUAAACUUCAAUCUUCUAACUAAUCUGAAGCCUGGUUUGUUACUGAGCUGUCUUUGUAUGCUGCAAGAAUGCCCGGAUGAGUGGAUCCGACAGUGAGGGAAAAAGUACCUUGAGAUAUGACCAAAGAAGAGCAUUGCUGCAGUUCUACCAUGAUUUCAUUUGUUCUGAAUUCGGGGUCUGUUAAAAUUUUGCUGUCAAAAGGUAUCUACUUGACAUUUAUAUCCUUGUCCUGGGAGAAGAUUUUAUUCAUUCUGCAGUUUUCAACAGAACUUGUUAGUAGAGUUUGUGAUAUUAGGGAUCACAAUGUACCUAUUACAAUGUUAUUUGAACAUAUAACUAAGAUGUCGAUUUAAGUGCAUGACAAUUUCAUGUAACCGGCAAAUCAAGUUUGUAAUGAACAUGAGUAAUGUAAGUGAGAAGGAAAGGGAGCACAAGUACAACAAAAUUUAAGGAACCGGAACCGGAAAUUGGGAACCGAAACCUGUUGCAAUAGGUUCCUGAAAAUGAGAACCGGAACCUCCUCCGAUAGGUUCUGGUUAAGCAUUUUAAAAACUUAAAUAAAUUAUUGAAAAAAAUCUACUUUAUGGUUUGA